AUGGACGAUUUCUUCCUCGUGACCAUGUCACUCAUUAUCUUCUUCUUGCAGGGCGGAUUUGCGUUUUUAGAAGCCGGAAGCGUGCGCAGUAAGAACACCACGAACAUCCUGAUUAAAAAUCUGAUCGAUUUCUUUGUCUCGGGUCUUUCCUAUUGGCUGUUCGGAUACACUCUGGCUUACGGAGAAGGCAAUGGGUUCAUUGGGUAUCAGGCUGACCUACUCGCUCAUUACAAUCUGCCCACGGCCAAGUAUUCCUAUUGGCUGUUCCAGUACGUGUUCGCAGCCACCGCGGCCACCAUUGUUUCGGGGGCCGUGGCCGAGAGGUGCGACUUUAAUGGCUACCUCGUUUACAGUUUCCUCAUAACAGGCUUCGUCUACCCAGUGGUGUCCCGAUGGGCAUGGAGUCCGCAGGGUUGGCUGCUAAAUGGAGCCACAUACAUGGACGAGAAUGGAGGGGAAUUUGUAGUGGCAUACACGGAUUUUGCCGGAAGUGGAGCGCUCCACAGCUUGAGUGGCGCUGCAGCUUUCAUCGGUGCUCUUGUAGUCGGUCCCAGAAUUGGCAGAUUUGACCCUGAUACUGGCGAGGCUAACCACAUUAAGGGUCACUCCGUACCAUUCGCUGCUCUUGGGGGGUUCAUUUUGUUGUUCGGAUUUCUAGCCUUUAAUGGCGGCUCUCUGGGUAGCAUUUCUAAUCCAGGUGACGGCGCCAUCAUUGCCUCUGUCGUGGUGAACACCAUUGUGGCGGGAACUGGGGGGGCAUUCAUCACUCUCCUCCUCAACAAAACAGGCUGGUUUGGUGACCGGAAGUGGAGUUUGUUGGUCACUCUGAACGGCUGUCUCACAGGAAUGGUGUCAGUGUGCGCAGGCGUGAACGACCUCUACACCUGGUCGUCGUUUGUUAUCGGAACGCUAGGAGGGAUUGUCUACAUGGUCUCCUCCUGGACAGUGGUCAAGCUUCGUGUGGAUGACCCGCUCGACGCCACAGCUGUUCAUCUCGGAGGUGGGCUUUUUGGCGUCUUCAUGGUCACAUUCUUCUCCAAAAGUCACGGGAUUCUCUACUUCUGGAACCGGAAGUCCGGCCUUCACCUGGCCUGGCAACUGGCUGGAAUCUCCGCCAUUUUGGGUUGGACAAUCGUCCUGUCGUUUAUCAUCUUUUUUGCCCUAAAGAAACUCAACAUGCUGAGAGUGGACGAGGAAAUGGAGAUUAAAGGGUUGGAUAUCCCCAAACACGGAGAGCCUUCUUACCCGGCCGAGGCUUACGGUCAUGGUUGGGGAGAACAGCACGAUCACUUGGCUUUCCUGGCCGGCACGUCUGUUCUGGGGAAAUCCCAAGUGGACACUGUGAUGACGAAAAGAUCCAAUAAUCGCUCGACUGGGAACCCGGAGAUGGACGCUCUGCGAACGUUGGACAAAGAGAGCUCCUCGUCCAAGGACAGCGGUAUCAACAAAGACCAUCACGUGAUAUCCAGCUUGUAA